GCUGACACAGUGGUGAGGGUCAGAAAAUGAAUGCCUCCUCCUGCUGUGAACCUCCAGUCACUAUGUAUCAGCAGAACUCGGGAUACAACCUCAAUGACAGCUGCGAUUGGCUGGCUCCUCACUGUAACUGGACGUCAGUGGACAGAGCGCCACAGCUUCCUACCUUUUCCACAGCAGCAAAAGUCAGAGUGAUCAUCACCUUCAUUCUGUGUGGUGUAUCCACUUUUUGCAACUUAGCUGUGUUGUGGGCAGCCAAUGGCCACAAGCGUAAAUCCCACGUCCGAGUGCUGAUCAUCAACUUGACUGCAGCUGAUCUGUUGGUUACCUUCAUCGUAAUGCCAGUGGAUGCAGUGUGGAACAUCACAGUUCAGUGGCUGGCCGGUGACCUGGCCUGCAGAUUCCUGAUGUUCCUGAAGCUGCAGGCCAUGUACUCCUGUGCCUUUGUCACAGUGGUGAUUAGUCUUGACAGACAGUCAGCGAUCCUCAACCCUCUGGCUAUCAGCAUGGCCCGGAAAAGGAACAGGGUCAUGCUGACGGUGGCGUGGACUAUGAGUGCUUUGUUCUCGAUCCCUCAGAUGUUCAUUUUCCAUAAUGUGACUAUCACCUACCCUGCAAACUUCACUCAAUGCACCACUAGGGGGAGCUUCGUCACUCACUGGCAAGAAACAGCUUACAACAUGUUCACCUUCUCCUGUCUCUUCCUGCUGCCGCUGGUCAUAAUGAUUGUCUGCUACACUAGGAUCUUCAUCCAGAUCUCCAAGCGGAUGACAAAAAAGAACCUGCCCCCCAAUGAGCUACAUCUACGCUGCUCAAAGAACAACAUUCCCAAAGCGCGAAUGAGAACCCUCAAAAUGAGCAUAGUCAUAGUGAUCUGCUUCAUAGUCUGCUGGACUCCGUACUACCUGCUGGGUUUGUGGUACUGGUUCUUUCCAGACGACCUGGAAGGGAAAGUCUCUCACUCCCUCACUCACAUCCUAUUCAUCUUUGGACUUUUCAAUACCUGCCUGGACCCCAUCAUCUACGGACUGUUCACCAUACGCUUCCGCAAGGGACUGAAGAGCUGCUAUCACAAAACUGCAGUAAUGUCGGACAAGGAAACCAGUAACUCGGUCAUAACUGCAUCUUUGAAAUGUACUGCCACUGCUUCACCUUCUAAAAGAGCGAUGACUCCUGGUGCAAAGGACAGCAACUGUGCACAGUCUGAGGCGAAAUCCACUGACAGAAGGUCUCUGACUGUGUCAGUGGAGGAGGAGGAGGGCGGUCUUGCCAUGUCAGCGCUGAGAGCUAAAUAUGAUGAGAAAAAUGGAGUAGAACCAGAAAUCUAA